UUCGGCUUUCGUGCGGUGCAGACGACUGUGUGAGAAUGGCGCCAAAAAUCAAACACUUUUCAAAAAUCAUGUAACGGUCGCUGUCAACGCAUACUUUCGGAGAUUUUAUGUGAAAAUUUGUUGUAACUGUAGUGGAAGUUUUUUAUAUAAAAAUUAGGAUUUACGAGCCAACAACAACGCGACAAAUGAAGUAAAGUGGAAAGUGCCGAGAACACACUGACAAUGUGAAGAAAAUUGCGCGCUGAUUUUUAUUGCCUAACUUGUGCCAGAAAAUAUAUUAGUAUAAAGAUUAAAAAACAAAAACAAAAAAAAAACAUUAUAUUUGACUUAAAAUGUGCCUUCACUUGCUUUGCUGAUAUUAACACAAAACCAUAAAAGUAUUAAAGGAUAAAAAAUAAGUAAAAAAUCGAGAAAAAGUUUGCGAAAAAACCACAAAAAGUGCCUUUAUGAAGUAACAAUGCGUAGUGAGAGUGAGUGAGAUAGAAAGCGAAAAAAUAUUUCUCAAAAAGAAGUACGAAAUAUUUCCUAAAAAAACCAAGUUCGAAAAUUAUUUAAAACUGCAAAAAGGCAGCCAAUCCAACCGUUAAUUUAAAUUGGAAUCGUCACUGCUGAAAUCCCGCUAGGCCCUCAUUUCGACAUGUCGCGCGAGGUUAGCUUCAGUCGUCAAUCCUUGGAGCUACGCAGUCAGGAAUCCUCAUUACUACCCGCCAUCAGCGCUAAUGCCGGCGGUGAUGUGAGUGUCAGCAACACAGACACAUUGGCCACGGCGGCCAGCACCACCUCCGCCGCCUCGGCUGCAGCGUCAGCCAAUAAUAAUGCCGGUUUGGGCGUCUCACAGCGUCGCCGCCAGCGCAAAGGCAUCACACAGCGACAGGAUUCAUGGUUUCGGCAUUCAAUGCCACCAGCCUUGACGCGCGAUUUCGAGUCCAUCGAGAAUUUGGCGCAGAACACCACAAAUGGUUUGGACGAACAGUUGGCCGCCUCGCUAUCGGGCCGUUUUGGCGCAUCCACGUCAGCGUCUUUGGCCGCUUCGGCGGCGCACAGUGGCGGUAGCGGCAGUUUGACAGUGUGCGGCUUUGGCAUCGGCGGUCUCGGUGGUUUCGCUGGCAGCGGACAGAGUGGUGGUGGCGGUGGUGCUGGUGGUGGUGGUGUGGGCGGCAAUCGUUUCAGCGGCGGCAUCAAUCUCAAUAGUGCCAAUAGUAAUUUGGGUUUCAUCGAUUCGGAUGAAUCGAACUUGCAUACACCGAUUACACCGCUCGCCUCGCAUUCGGCGUCCAUUUAUGGUGGUUUGCAGCAGCAGGGCUCGGUGUCGGCUGCCUCGGUGGCGGGUACGCUGUCAUCGUCGAAUGCAAUGGGUAAUGGUGGUAGCGGUGGUGGUGGCGGUGGUGUGUGCCGUCGGCAUAGAUCGAAGCGACGUAAGGAUUCGCGUGCGUCGGUGUUGUCAAAGCAAAGCGGUAACAGCGUGCGAAGUCGCGCCUCAGCGUUGGCCGCACGUGCUGGCCUACACAUGACGGCGUCUUUCUUGCGCAAGAAACGAAAGGAAUAUGAAGACGAUGAGGACCUCACUUCAACAGCGGCUGCGGCCGAUGAUACGGAUAGACGAAUAAUAUUUUUGAAUCGACCGCAAAUACAGAAGUUUUGCAACAAUCACAUAUCAACUGCGAAAUAUAGUUUUAUAAGCUUUUUACCAUCGUUCCUUUUUGAACAAUUUAGACGAUAUUCAAAUUGUUUUUUCCUAUUAAUUGCAUUAUUACAACAAAUUCCUGAUGUCUCACCGACGGGUCGCUACACAACACUGGUACCGUUAAUAUUUAUUUUAUCUGUGAGCGGUAUCAAAGAGAUCGUCGAAGACAUUAAACGUCAUCGUGCGGAUAAUGAAAUCAAUCAUCGUAUGGUGGAGGUGUUACGCGAUGGCGCUUGGACUUCGGUGCGAUGGCGAGAUUUGGGUGUUGGCGAUAUUGUAAAAAUACCCAAUAAUAUAUUCUUUCCCGCUGAUAUAUUGUUGUUGUCGUCGAGUGAACCGCAAGCGAUGUGCUUCAUCGAAACAGCAAAUUUAGAUGGUGAAACCAAUCUAAAGAUACGACAGGGUGUGCCAGCGACUGCGAAAUGCCUGGAAACUAAGGAUCUGCUGCAGCUGGACGGCACCGUGGAAUGCGAGCUGCCAAAUCGACAUUUGUACGAAUUCAAUGGCGUACUCAAGGAGAAUAAUAAGCCCACCGUUGCUCUCGGUCCCGAUCAGAUAUUGCAGCGCGGCGCCGUUUUACGCAACACCGCUUGGAUAUUCGGCGUUGUCGUCUACACCGGACACGACACGAAACUUAUGAAAAACUCUACCUCAGCGCCAUUAAAACGCUCAACCGUCGACACAGUCACGAAUACACAGAUAUUGAUGCUUUUUGUUAUAUUGGUCGUUUUAUCGUUGACCAGUGCGAUAUUGAACUUUUUCUGGACGCGCGACUAUGCGAAAAUGUUUUGGUACUUGGGCAUAAGUGAGGACAUCAAAAGUAAAAACGUUGGCUAUAAUUUGUUGACUUUCUUUAUUCUCUACAAUAAUCUUAUACCGAUAUCUUUACAAGUGACUUUGGAGUUAGUACGUUUUUUACAAGCCAUUUUCAUAAACUUCGAUAUACACAUGUACUAUGCGGAGACCGAUACGCCGGCCAUGGCGCGCACUUCGAAUCUCAACGAGGAACUGGGCAUGGUGAAGUAUAUAUUCUCCGACAAGACCGGCACACUAACGCGCAAUGUGAUGGUGUUCAAAAAGUGUUCGGUGGCGCGUUAUAUGUACGAACCAGCAAAUUCACCGGAGGACUCGACGAUUGUGCAGAACUUACUCGGUAAUCACAACACGGCGCCCAUCAUCAAAGAAUUCCUCACACUGCUCGCCGUUUGUCACACGGUCAUACCGGAAAAAUUCGAUGACGGCUCCAUUAUCUAUCACGCCGCCAGUCCCGAUGAGCGCGCCAUCAUCGAGGGUGCGCGCAUGUUCGGCUACAUCUUCGAAUCGCGCACACCACACUAUGUGGAGAUCAAUGCGCUCGGCACCAUCGAACGCUACGAGAUACUCAAUGUGCUCGAAUUCACUUCGACGCGCAAGCGCAUGUCGGUCAUAGUGCGUGCACCAACCGGUGAGAUUAAACUGUAUUGUAAAGGUGCCGAUACGGUGAUCUAUGAGCGUCUCUCACCCGAUGGUCAAAUGUAUCGUGAUGCCACUUUGCAUCAUUUGGAAGAAUUCGCUUCGGAGGGCUUACGUACCUUGUGCUGUGCCGUUUCGGUGAUACCGGAGGAUGUAUAUAACGAGUGGAAGGAGACGUAUCACAAGGCGUCGACGGCGUUGCAGUAUCGUGAGCGCAAAGUGGAGGAUGCCUCCAAUUUGAUUGAGAACAAUCUGAUAUUAUUGGGUGCGACCGCAAUUGAAGACAAAUUGCAGGAGGGUGUGCCGGAGACGAUAGCCUCACUGCUGGAGGCGGGCAUUUAUAUUUGGGUGCUGACGGGCGAUAAGCAGGAGACAGCCAUCAAUAUUGGCUACUCGUGCAAACUCAUUUCACACUCAAUGGAUAUUAUUAUACUCAAUGAGGGCAGUUUAGAUGCCACACGUGAUAUUAUCCACCGCCAUGUGGACGAGCUGAAGAGCACCGACAUGAAGGAGUGCAAUGUGGCGCUGGUAAUUGAUGGCCAGACAUUGAAGUAUGCUCUAAGCUGUGAUCUGAAGCAGGAAUUUUUGGAACUCUGCUUGGUGUGUCGUGUGGUGAUCUGCUGUCGCGUCUCGCCAAUGCAAAAGGCGGAGAUCGUCGAAUCUGUCACACAAUCCACCGGCGCUGUGACACUCGCCAUCGGUGAUGGCGCCAACGAUGUGGCCAUGAUACAGAAAUCUCAUGUCGGUGUUGGCAUUUCGGGCGUUGAAGGGUUGCAGGCAGCUUGUGCUUCCGACUAUUCGAUCGCACAAUUUCGUUACUUGAAACGUCUGUUGUUGGUGCAUGGCGCCUGGAAUUAUAGUCGCAUUACAAAACUGAUUCUAUACAGUUUCUACAAGAAUGUCUGCUUGUAUGUGAUUGAGCUGUGGUUCGCCAUCUACUCGGGUUGGUCGGGUCAAAUUCUCUUCGAACGUUGGACGAUCGGCUUAUAUAAUGUUAUGUUUACCGCUUUGCCGCCAUUCGCAUUGGGUCUCUUCGAUAAAGUUUGCUCCGCCGAAACAAUGCUGAAAUAUCCGCAAUUGUAUAAACCAUCACAGGAUGCGAAGCUCUUCAAUGUCAAAGUGUUUUGGGUGUGGAUAUUCAAUGCGCUUUCGCAUUCGGUAUCGCUCUUCUGGCUGCCGAUGCUGAUGACGACGAUGUCCGUGUGGCCGGAUGGCAAAACAAGUGAUUACCUCUUCUUGGGCAAUAUUGUGUACACGUAUGUCGUUGUAACGGUUUGCUUAAAGGCCGGCCUUAUCACCAACUCAUGGACCUGGAUGACACACGCCUCCAUUUGGGGCUCAAUUGCCAUGUGGUUCGUAUUCAUGGUGAUCUAUAGCAACUUCUGGCCCACCAUAAUGCUGGCGCCCAUCUUUUUGGGCAUGGAUCGUAUGGUGUUUUCGACAGUCGUUUUCUGGCUGGGUCUCUUGCUCAUACCCAUAACGACGCUUUUGCCCGAUAUUCUAUUCACAAUCGUGCAUAAUACGGUAUUCAAGUCACUCACGGAGGCCGUACGUGAGUCCGAGAUACGGCGUUACGAUCCGGAGAAUGUGAUACGAGAAUCGAAAACAUCACUCAGUGAAACAGCGAGGCUGCUGCGUAGCGUUUUUACGCGUCGUGCCAAUACCAGAGUCGAAACGGAACUAGAACUGUCGCACGGUUACGCUUUCUCCCAAGAGGAAGGUGGUGCAGUGCCACAAUCCGUCGUUAUACGCGCGUACGACACGAACUUGCCGAAACCGGAGGGCAACUAAGCGCGUGAAGCUACACAAAAAACUGCUACUGGUUAUGGAGAAGACUAUAGCAAAUGAGGAGGAAGUGUACGCUGGGUGAAGAAGAUCAUUACAGCGUGUAAAUAAAGUGGAUGGAACUGUGGAAGAUCAUUACAGAAGCCAAGCAAAGUGGAUGAAAAAGUCACGCAGGGGAUGCUGAUGAUUCCUUACUUGCAAAGAUUUAUGUGCGACCCAAACCAAGCACAUUUUUUAAUACGCCGAAAUAUUAGUAAAAUUUCAAGCAUACGAAAAAUAUCACACAAAAUACUAGCUAGUAUUUGAAAAAAUAGCAAAAAAAUUAAACUGUUGUGUAUUAAAAAAAAGUUUGUUUUCAAAUCCCCAACACAAAUGGCCAAAAAUAGUCAAAAAACAAUCAGCACCUGUUUGACAGCUGACACAACUGUCAAAACUCUGUUUCAACGUCAGUCAUAAUAUAAAUAUGUUUAAGCAGAAAUUAUGCGAAAUAUUCAUGAAAACUAACUGUGAAAAGAUAACAUUGUAUUGAAAACCAGAAGCUUAACAAAAUCAUACAUUUUUAGCAUACUAAGUUUAAAUCUAGCAUACAUAUUAAGAGCAAACUUUAUUCUAUUUAUAUAAUAUUAGCCUAAGCCAAAGAGGAAAGCGAGAAUUCAUGCAUAAUGAACAGCAUGAAUAGUAUGAACAUAAUGAUGAAGUGAAAGGUGGCAGCUUUCUUCUUCUUCUUCUUUAUUGACGUAGAAGUGGAAGCAUUAUGCAGUCAAAAUGUCAUUUGUGGCAUCAACAUUUAAAGUGGCAUUAUAAUUAUAAUUACUAUUGUGUGCAUUACUAAACCGAUAACUGACAUAUGACUUUAAUUAUUAACCGUUAUACUUAACUAGUUAAUUGUUUUUCUUAAUUUGUGUAUAAUAAAUAUGCUUGUAAAAUAACAAAAAUUAUAAAUAAGACAAAUUGUAUAAAAUAAAUUAAUAUUCACACAAAUAAAAAAAGUAAAAAAUUGUAAAAUAAAAAAUAUUGUGGAUGAAAGUUGAAAAUAGUGAAAAAUUCUACAAUUGAGAAGGCACAUAAAACAAAGGAAGUGGAAAAUAACAUAAGCAUUUUAGCUUAAUUAAAGCAACAGCAAAUAACAUGCAAAUAUUUGCUUUGGUGUUCCUAAAAAUAUUGUUUAUAUUUUUUAUACCGUUAAAAAAAUUUGACUUUUAUUAAUUUGAACUCAAAACAAAAGUUCAACAUUUUUUUUAGAAAUAAUUCAAAGCCAUAAUUAUUUCAACGAAUAUCAAAAGUGCAAAGUCAUAAAAAACUAUAUUAAAUUUUCUUCCACUAAUUUUACAAUACAAGCUACUUGAGUACAGAGCAGAAAUGGAUAUUGAAUUUAGAAUUUUUGCACUUGACGGAAUAUGCGUCUUAAUGUAGGCAACAUUUUAGCAUAAAUUCAAAGAGUUUUCGUAAUAACUCGAAAAACGGUUCUCAAAAAUGGUUCCAUCUGAAAAGUUAUAAAAAUAUAAGUAAUAAAUAUAUUUCACAAUACGGGCUUGCGUACAGAGUGGAAACGGUUAUUGAGUUUUACGGAUGAUGCCCCUUAAUAUAGGCAAUAUUUUAGCAGGAAGUCAUGUCACCCACAAUCGCCACUCAGAACCUGUGAAAAUAUGUAUACAGACAGUUUCGAAAAUUCUACUAGGCGGCCAGCAGUGUCCAGUAAGCAGUAGCGAACGGGUUUUUCCGAAAUAUCUCGAGAAGCGUUUGCGUAAUAAUAUUGGUGAUAAUUUCAUAGCAUAGAAGUGCUUCCACUCUUCAGCCACUUUUCUGUGUACAAAAUUUUGACCUUUUUCUAACCGGUUUUUCAAAAUAAUUUAUUUUUUUAUUAUAAUUCGGUGAGCUCUUGGAGAAUUUGUUGAAAUUUAUUGUUCUCCGGAAGCGGAUAUAUUUUUUAGACAAUUUUGUAGCAUGUUGUAUUGCUUGGACCAUAUUUCUGUAUUAAAAAUUCUGAUCUGAUUUUCAAAGUGAUUAACUUCUUAGUGUCAUUCGGUGGGUGCUUGGAGAUUACGUUGAAAAUUCUUGUCGCGGUCUUUUUAUCAUAAUUUCAUAGCUUGCCAGAUCACUUGGACAAUAUUUCUGUGUACAAAUUUUAGAUCUUGUUCCAUCCGGUUUCUCGAAAUAAUUUAUUUUUUAAUGUAAUUCGGUGAGUUCUUGUUGAUUUUGUUUAAAUUUUUUGUACUCCGGAAGUGUAUAUGUAUACAUAUGUUUUCGAUAAUUUCGUAGCUUGUUGUGUUACUUGUACCAUUUUUCUGUGUUAGGAAAUUUGAUGUGGUCCCAGCCGUCUCCAAAUAAUUAAGUUUUGUGUCGUAUUCGUUGGGUUCUUCGUGGAAAUAUUUUGGCUAGUAUACAACAUUUUUUGAUAAUUGCUUAGCCUCCACUAGCGCUGAGACAUUAAACAUUUUCGUCAGGUUUUCGUGUUGAUUAAACAUAUUUUAUUAGAAAUGUGUAACAAUUCUGCAUUUUUGAAUUUUUAAUUAAAAAAAAUUACUUUUGAGUUUAAAAAUUUUGUAAAAAUCAUUUAUAAAAUAAUUUUCAUUGGAUUACUUAUGUAAAACUACUUAUAUACAUACAUAUAUAUGUGCUUAGUACUACUAAUAUUAUUAAUAUGGCAUAAAAUUAACACAUUGGUACCUUAUAAUGAAUUGAGUGCAGCUUAAAACAAGAAAAAAAUAAAAUUGAAGAAAAAUUUAGUAUAAUUAUAGGCAAACUUACAAAUAUGUAUCCACAACAUUUGAGUAUCACAUAACAUUAUACAUAAAUAUUUGGAACAUUUACACUACUUUAGCUACAUUGGCACUAUAUUGAAAAAUAAUUAUUAUGAAAUUAAUGAAAAAAAUUACGAAUUAGUAACUUAUAUAAGUUUUGAGUGACAAAAACUAUUUAAUAUUAAAGUAGUUUCGAAAUAAAUUCAAAAAUCUAGAUGUGAAGACAGCUUGGUCGCUUAUUAAAACUAUUAAAACUGUAAAUAAUAGCAUAAGCAGACUUUAUAUUAAUUAAAUACUAAAGAUUAUGUGUAAUUGCUUAGGUUUUUUUUUCAAAUAUUAAUGUUGUGAGCUUUAUAUUUUUUUGAAAACUUUCUUAGACAUAAAAUGGUAAAAAAAAACCAAAAAUUCAUAAGCCUUAAAGAAAUAAAUGUUAAAAAUUUAUAUUUUUCGUGCAUAACUUUAAUUCCAUAAUUUAUGUGUUUCAAUUACUUAUCUCAAAUAUUAAACAUUAAAAAAAAUAUUUUUUCCAAUUAUUUCAUAUAAUUUUUUUAAACGGACUUACAUUAAAAAAAGUAUUUUCAAAAAAAAAUAUUUUUUCCAAUUAUUUCAUAUAAUUUUUUUAAACGGACUUACAUUAAAAAAAGUAAUUUCAAAAAAAAAUAUUUUUUCCAAUUAUUUCAUAUAAUUUUUUUAAACGGACUUACAUUAAAAAAAAAUUAUGUCAAAUUAUUUACAAUUUUUGUAAGACAGUUUUAUAUAUUAUACUUAUAUUUGUAUACAAUAUUACGUGAAAAUCAGUUUGAAUGCCUAAAACAAAAAAUAAAAAGCUAUAUACUUCGUGUGACCUUCACUAAACGUCCUGUAACUUGACUAUCAUUUUCCUAACAGCACCUUAAAGUAAAUAAAUAAUUUAUAAAAAUUA